GGUACACCAAAUCAGUCACACACAUUGCCAUUAUACAAGUUUAAUAGUAUUAUAAUUGAAUGAAAUCAAUCCGCACUGUGCCACUGCUGAAGCUGCUCGGCCCGUGGCAGACAUGAACACUAUUUCUGCGCUGAGUAUUAUGGUUCUGUCAGGGUUAGUCGCAGCGAGCCCACGCGGCCCGUGCGGCUGCCAACCAGUCUUCGAAUAUUGCGCCAACGACUACACCACGUACCACAGCAUCUGCGAGUUCAAGUGCAAACAUCCCUCCGUCCAGUUCCAUGACUGGUACAUCCUGUACGAGGGGCCUUGUGUAUCGGAGCUGGACACUACUACGCAGCGGACAACUACCACGCGGUGGAGAACUAAAACCACAAUGUGGGAAAAAAUGAUAACUGCUGCUAAUUCGAUGAAUGGCUAAUAAAAUAAAAAUAUACACUAUUCAUACCUA